CUUCAACUGGUUUUUGUCUCUGCGAAAAACCAGAUUACCAGACAAUAAAUACCAGACGAAGAAGAAAAGAAAGAAAAAAAGAAACACCAAAACACAGAGGAUUCUCCUGCUUCAAAGGAAUCAAUUUUCCCUCCGCCAUAACCACACCACAGUAAUCCCACAACCUCAUCAUCAUCAUCAUCAUCAUAAUCACAAACUCAUAUAUAUAUAUAUAUAUAUAUUUACAGAGAGAGAAAAGAGAAGAAAAUCCAGUUAGUUUCUCUAAUGUAAAUGUAAAUGCAUCAGAAGAAGUCCGAAAUUCAGAUCAUCAAAGAAAGUAGAGGCGUCUCCUCCGGUUUCAACCCAACCCCACAAACCAACAAACUCCACCAUCUCCGAAUCCAUAAUAUUCCCCAUCAUCAACACCACCACCACCACCAAAUUUUCUCGCCCUUUUUAUCGCUCACCAAACAGACCCAACAACAACAACAACAACAACAACAACCCCAUGACGAGCCCAGAAAACGACGACCUCUCCUGAUGGCCCAAACGCUGGCUCUCAACCUCCUCCGCCAUUUCCGGUGUGCCCACUUGCUCAGACUCCACUUCCGCCUCCUAAUUCUCCUCUCCCUCCCUUCCCUUUACUUCACUCUCUCUAACCCCCGCCACUCCUUCCUCCUCGACUUUCUCUUUCUUCUUUCUCUCUCCUCCGCCCUCCUGAUCUCCCUCAACCUCGCCCUCCCCCGCCUCCUCUCCAUCCGCCUCUUCCUUUCUCGCUCUUUGCCCACCGCCAAGCCCUGCUCCGGCUCCUCUUCUCCGGUACUCUGGUCGAUCGGAUCGAAACCCGUCUCCGAAAAGCGAAGGACUAAUUCGGGUUCUUGGGUGAAGGUCUACUCCGAUGGGGAUGUUUACGAGGGGGAGUUUCACAAGGGGAAGUGCUCGGGAAGUGGGGUUUAUUACUACCACAUGAGUGGGAGGUACGAGGGGGAUUGGAUUGAUGAGAAGUACGAUGGCUAUGGCGUCGAGACGUGGGCGAGAGGAAGCCGGUAUCGCGGGCAGUAUCGACGAGGAUUGAGGCACGGAAUUGGGGUUUAUAGGUUCUACACUGGUGAUGUUUAUGUUGGGGAGUGGGCUAAUGGCCAAUGCCAUGGCUGUGGAGUUCAUACUUGUGAGGAUGGGAGUAAGUAUGUUGGGGAGUUCAAGUGGGGUGUUAAGCAUGGCCUUGGGCAUUAUCAUUUCAGAAAUGGGGACACCUAUGCUGGGGAAUAUUUUGCAGACAAGAUGCAUGGUUUUGGAGUCUAUCGGUUUGCGAAUGGACAUCGGUAUGAGGGCGCAUGGCAUGAAGGAAGGAGGCAGGGGCUUGGCAUGUACACUUUCAGAAAUGGUGAAACGCAAUCUGGCCAUUGGCAAAAUGGGUUCCUUGAUGGUCCUAGCAUGCAAAAUCCACAUCCCGAAUCUCCUCGCGCUGUGAAUCACGCUAGAGUUCUUAAUGCAGUUCAGGAAGCGCGGAAAGCAGCAGAGAGAGCGCAAAAUAUUGCACUGUUGGAUGAAAGGGUGAACAAAGCUGUAGCUGCGGCUAAUAAAGCAGCGAAUGCAGCAAGAGUAGCAGCUGUAAAAGCCGUCCAAGACCAAAUGCAUCGAGAUAACAGGGAGGAAUCACCAGCUCAUUUUGUUUGAUUUCAGGUCACAGAUUCGGCAUCACGAUCCUGCUCAUGCUUCUGCGACGAGCAGACAUCAUCUUGCACUUUCAUCGGAAGAAGCCACGGAAGCACAAAGAAUGCGAUGUUAAUGGAUUCUUUUAUUUUUAUUUUAUUUUAUUUUUUUUCCUUUCCUUCAAUUGCAACUGGGGUUGCAAAUGUGAGAUACCUGGUUGGAACCACAUUUGGUCACUUUUUGGAGGAUGACUGAUUGAGGAGCAGAUGGGUUUCUCUCUGUUUUGGUUUGUGUUUUUUGUUUUGUUUUGUUUUUUUGUUUUUUUUUCAGUCCUGAUAUAAACCAUAUGUACAUAGGAUGAACGACAAUUACAUGGGACAUGACCAAAUUUGGCACUAAGUGCCUGAGUUAGCUAGCCCCAAGUUUAAUAUUGUUUUUUUUUUAAUAAUGUAAAUGUUAUUGGCCAUGUUUUGGAAA